GAGAUGGAUUGAGAAGUUUGAGGGGUGAUGCCGAUAUCAUUGCAAUGUCAAAUGUGGCUUCUACUUGUAAGAACAUUAUGCUGUAUGUCGACCAUUUAAAUUUCCUUGAUGGCAUUUUUCACAAUGGAACACAACAACUCCAACAAGAAGGUAGGGAGGCCUGCAAAGAAUAGAAAGAAAAAUCCAAUUGAAUUAGAAGGUGGCACCAAACUUAGCAAGCACGGAGUGACAAUGCAUUGCAGUGCUUGUGGAUCAUCCACACACAAUAAGAGAACAUGCCACAAAUAUCCAGAUAAGAGAAAUAUGCCUAAUCCAGAAGAAGAAUUGGAAGAAUAUGAUGACCCAAGCAUACUAGAGAAGAUUAUGCCAGCUAGACUGAACAAUGAACUAGAUCCGAGUGAAAAUGCCGACACUGUGGUGUUUAAUCUUCUACGUCAGGAAAACAUAGCACGGUCAGCAAUGCAGCCACGGGGUCCGUUGCCGGAUGAAAAUAUGUUUGUAGCUUUGGAAAGGGAUAACCUACCUCCACAAAGGCUUACUACAGCAAUGAAUAUAGGUAGAGGCCGAGCUACAAGUACAAGGUCAAGAAAAAGAAAGGCAAAGACUACAACAGAUGAUGAACAUCCUGCAGAAUGCAGUGGUACUGCAAGGGUAAGAGGAAGGUCAGGAGUACGUACUGGCAGAAAAGGAGCCAGGGGAGGAGGACGUGGUAGGAGCACAUGAUUCAAGAGUAGCUUUUUUAGUUCAUUCAUCAGAUAUAAAAUACAUUAUCUUGGUUGUUAA